GAGGUCGGAUGUGUGACUUGUGUAUCGAAUUUUUACAACGUGGUUUUUCUAUCUAUUAAAAUAAAUUGUAUAACAACGUGUUCUUGCAUCAGAUUUAGAACAGAAUAUAAAAUCUAAACAUGGCCAAUGAAUCCUACAUCGAAAAUUUUACUACUGAUCAGGAAAUUGAAGGCUGGGUUGUCGGAGAUGAAUCUAUUGAGAUUCGUGGAUUUGUGGAUUCGAUAGAAGGAUUAAAACUUGUGGCCACAAAAACUAAUCCUCGUACGGCAUUAUAUAAAAUUACCGUCAACAAUGGAAGCAGGUCACGCGUCCGUGUUCUCUUUUGGACAAACAUGGCAAGAAAAUUUUCCCCAUUAAUUCAUUAUCGUUGCUUUAUUACCAUUACUGGUGCUAAAACACAACCAAAUGCGUAUGUAAGUCCGUCCGAUACCUUAUCUCCGCUUCAAUUAGUAAUCUUAUCAUCAACGGAUGUAACUAUCAGCCCAAAUGAUACUAAAUAUGAUACCGAUUACUUGACAGGUACUGUCAAAGAGGUAGCCAUGGAAGAUUUGGAAAAUGUAAAUGCUGUCGUCGAGGUCAAAGGAUACCUUAAGCAGGAAUUUCGGCAAGCAUCAUCUUAUGGUGGCAGUUACGCUGCUGGGGUAUUGGUCGACAAAAAAAUAAGGUUACUCUUACGUGUUAUUGGUUUCAACGUUGGUGACUUCGUGAAAUUCCCUAAGGGAUGCUUAUUAAAAGUUCGCGGUAAAGCUAUCACAUCUGCUGAAGGGCCUACUCAAAUGCGGGUCGAUUCAUUUGAUGACAUAACUCAUGACAAGGCCGUCGUUCCAUUGACACCGGAUCAGCUCAGAGCAUGCGGUAUUGUAUCUCCCAAGAGGAUAUAUGAAAGCAUUUCGUCGGAAAAUGAAAACAAGCGACACGCAGAAUAAUUACUAAAGUAAAGUAAUACGUUCAACUAUUAUCUAUGAGGAAGAUAGGUAAUACUGGUCUCAUUUGCAGUCUGAUCCUUAAAAUAAGAUCAACAAUGUGUUUAUCAAGGUUUAUUUUUCAUAUUUUUAAUGUAACUUUUUUUUUCCAAUAAUUAUUACCUAUUUAAAGAAGAUUUAAUAACUACCUAUUUAAAAAUAAGAUUUUCAGUCUAAAUAAAAGUUAAUUACUG